AUGGGUCUUUUGGAUGAUUGUAAGCAAUACUUCGGAACCGAUGACUUGUAUCAAGUGUUGGGCGCGAAGAAGGGGUCGCGAGAUAACGAGAUUAAGACACUGUAUAGAAAGCAGUCACUGAAAGUACAUCCCGAUAGAGCCGAAGAGGCGGACAAAGAUGUGGCGAAACGUCGCUUUCAGACCCUAUCGAAAGUGCACUUUAUUUUGAGCGACAAAUCUCUUCGCGAGACUUACGACGAGACGGGGAUUAUCCCAACCGAUGACUCGUUUGAAUCAAAGGCCGAUUGGGUUGAGUAUUGGCGGCUAUUGUUCCCGAAGAUCACUCCCAAAGACAUCGACGACUUUCUGGACAAAUAUGUCGGCUCUGAAGACGAGAGAAAUGAUCUGAAAACAUAUUACGUUAGAUUUGAAGGCGAUUUGGAUGUAAUCACUCAAUACAUGUUCUGUUUCGAUGAAAUCAGAUCUCGAGAACUCAUUCAAGAGAUGAUAGACAACGAAGAGGUCCCAGAA